CGUUCCGUGCGUGUGUCUCAUCGUGGACAGUCAGUGAGUAAAGAUGGCGAACUGGUGCGUGCGCGCGAUCAGACACAGCUCUUCAAUCUUAGCGUCCCCUUCACUAGUAAGGGCGACUCCACGUCUACUUUGCACUGCAGCCCAACAGAAAAGCUCAGGAGCAGGGACUGAAGAGGAGAGUGGAGCUCAGAAGCAAGACCCCAGCGCAGCUGAAAAAGCCUUCUUAGAAGAAAAGACACAACUGGAAGAGCAGCUGAAAGAUGUUACGGAUAAAUAUAAGCGUGCACUGGCAGACACUGAGAACCUUAGGCAAAGGAGUCAAAAGAUGAUCGACGAUGCUAAGCUUUAUGGGAUACAGGGAUUCUGCAAGGAUCUGUUGGAAGUGGCUGACAUCUUGGAGAAGGCAACAGAAAGUGUUCCAAAAACUGAAAUAUCUGCUGCUAAUCCGCAUCUGAAAAAUCUUUAUGAUGGCCUUGUAAUGACUGAGGUGCAGAUCCAAAAGGUCUUCCAGAAACAUGGCCUUGUUAAGCUUAGUCCCGAUGGUCAGAAAUUUGACCCGUAUGAGCAUGAGGCAGUCUUUCAUGCGCCGGUGGAAGGCAAAGAGCCAGGUACCAUAGCUUUAGUUACCAAAGUAGGCUACAAGCUGCACGGUCGUACCCUCCGGCCAGCUCUUGUUGGUGUAGUCAAGGCCCUCUAACCGAUCCUGCACUCUACUAGGUUAUCGACUGGUCAGCUGAUUGGUUCCUGUAAGUUAGCUGACCGUAGGUUCCACUUUCAUUUGUUAAAGAUGCCUCUAAGAGGUGAAAUCCAAUAUAUUGACAACUGAAGACUUCUUUUUGUGAUUUAAUUAUAAUUAUGAGUAAUUAUAUAUAUAUAUAUAUAUAUA